AGAGCCGCGGUCUCUAUAAGAAUCUCAGCUGAUAACCUGUGAGGAGAGCCAGGUUCUAUGCAUCUGUAACUGAGAAUAAUUGGCUUUUUAGGGCUACGUAUAGCCUUCUGAGGGGUACGAAUUUAGCAUUUUGACAAUAUUAACUUGAAUUUGGUUGACUGCGAGGUAGAGUAUUCUUGACUCGGACAGCGUGGAGUAACCUAGACCUCUCUAACACCCGUACACACUGCUCCAUCCCUUUCACGGCGGCGAGUCGAAACAGCGCGAGUUUUUUUUAAAUAAAGGUUUUGCACAACUAAAGACACUGAGGGUGCUUUAAGGACUUUGAGGAGAAGGACAAAGUGAAUGUCUGCUUGUGGCUUGGGAGGACUCACUGAACUGGUUUAUGAGAGCAGAACUCGCUUUCAGUCGAGUCUAAUAGAAUGUCCAGUCAGAGGAUGAUGAUGGACAUGAUGUCCUGUCCAAGGCAAAAUGAGGACAAAGAGACUGGAUAGAACAAUAGUGGAUAAAUCCUUUUCCAGAGCUAGAGGUCCAUGGAAUAAAGAUGGCAGCAUCCUUCAAAUAUAUGACACGUUAGAGCCUUCUCUGCUGCCCCCCUCACUGCUCCUGUCCCCUGCUCCUGUGCUUCUGAAGAACAGCAGAAUGGAUGAGCAGAGGUGCACACUUCCACCUCCCCUCAAAACAGAAGAGGACUAUAUUCCUUAUCCAAGUGUUCAUGAGGUGCUUGGCCGUAAGGCCCCCUUUCCACUGAUUUUGCUGCCCCAGUUUGGGGGUUACUGGAUCGAGGGGACCAAUCAUGAGCUCGGUACUGCCCCAGGUCCAGAGGAGCCACCCCCAUGCCCCGCCUCCCAGCUUAAAUUGGAAAGUAACACUACAGCAAAGAUCUACAGGAAACAUUUCUUGGGGAAGGAGCACUUUAAUUAUUACUCUGUGGACAGCACACUGGGCCACCUUAUCUUCUCCAUCAAGUACGAUGUGAUCGGGGACCAAGAGCAUCUCCGUUUACUACUUAGGUCAAAGUUUAAAACUUACCACGAUGUGAUACCCAUUUCCUGUCUGACUGAGUUCCCCAACGUGGUGCAGAUGGCAAAGCUGGUGUGUGAAGAGGUUAAUGUGGACAGGUUUUACCCAGUGCUCUACCCUAAGGCCUCCAGACUCAUCGUAACCUUUGAUGAACAUGUCAUAAGCAACAACUUCAAGUUUGGAGUCAUAUACCAGAAGUUUGGGCAGACAUCAGAGGAGGAGCUCUUUGGAAACAGUGAGGAGACCCCAGCCUUCAUUGAAUUCCUGAAUUUUUUGGGUCAGAAGAUUGUACUGCAUGAUUUUAAAGGGUUUCGAGGUGGUCUUGAUGUCACACAUGGCCAAACUGGAACUGAGUCGGUUUACCACAAUUUCCACAACAAGGAGAUCAUGUUCCACGUGUCCACCAAGCUGCCCUACACCGAAGGGGACUUGCAGCAGCUGCAAAGGAAGAGACACAUAGGAAAUGACAUUGUGGCUGUUGUGUUUCAAGAGGAAAACACUCCAUUUGUACCAGAUAUGAUCGCAUCCAAUUUCCUGCACGCUUACGUGGUGGUGCAGGUGGAGAAAGCCUGCACUGACCAUGUCCUUUACAAGGUAUCGGUGACAGCAAGAGAUGAUGUGCCAUUCUUUGGGCCUCCUCUUCCAGAUCCAGCCAUCUUCAGAAAGAGUCCAGAGUUCCACGAGUUCCUGCUGACAAAACUCAUCAAUGCUGAGUAUUCCUGCUAUAAGGCAGACAAAUUUGCCAAGCUGGAGGAGAGGACACGCUCAGCACUGCUGGAGACUCUGUAUGAGGAGCUGCAUGUGAACAGCCAAUGUAUGAUGGGACUAGGUGGAGAAGAUGAGAAACUGGAGAAUGGCGGGAGUGGGGGAGGGGGAGGUGGCUUCUUUGAGUCCUUCAAGAGAGUCAUUCGCAGUAGAAGCCAGUCUAUGGAUGCUAUGGGCCUGAGUAAUAAGAAGCCUUACACUGUCUCUACAAGCCACAGUGGCAGCUUUACCCACAAUCCGCCAGACACCCCGAAAGCACCAGGCAUUUCUUUGAUCAUUCCUGGAAAGAGCCCGACCCGGAAGAAAUCGGGCCCAUUCAACUCCCGCCGGAGCAGCGCCAUUGGCAUCGAGAAUAUCCAGGAGGUCCAGGAGAGGAGCAGUCGGGAUGUGUCGCCCAGCACGCAGAGGACGCCUGACAGUGGACAUGCCUCCCAGGAACCCAGGUCUGACAACUCAUCCAGUCACAGCUCACCGGAGAUGCCCACUACCAGGACAAGUUCAGCACUGUGCUGUAGAGCUCCCUCCAUCCCGGAGUCUAAUGACCUGUCUCGCUCCUCGUCCAAUGCCAGCAGCUUCACCAGUGUGGUGGAAGAGAAUGAGAAGGAGCAGCAGGCCACAGAGGAGUACGACACAGGCCUGGAGAGCCUGUCUUCCACCGGCACCCCUCAUAAACGAGACUUGUUCAUGUACAGCAGCAGCUGGAUGGAGGAGAGCGUGGGCAGUGCCAGGCAGGGACGCAUGGCAGCCCCUUCACGACAGCUGUCUGACCCUGUUCGGUCAAAAACAGAGAGACAACAUUCUGCUUCGAAUUGCUAGGCUCUCUCUUCACAUUACGUGCUGGAUGUCCAUCAGCAGCUCCCCCCAGUGGAGUCUCAGUAUGCUCAUCUUGCCUCCUCCUGAGGCAAAGUGAAGACGGAGAGCUGAUCGUCAUAGCAGUGCACCCUGUGAUUGGGGGUGCGUGACCUGGAGCCCCACCCCCGUUUUAAAGACACAACACCUUUUGGCUGCAUCAUGCGACUGAAAAUGCAAUCAAGCAUGCACUAUGGCUGCAGCAGGUUA